AUGCCGAUCGUGUACAUGUUAUAUGUAUCUUCUUUUUCGGAUUUUGAAUGGCAUGAACAACCCGGAGGAAGUUGGACCAUUGCAAUGCCAACACUGGUGACUGAACUGAUAGAAAGGAAAACAAGGUUCUUCAAUCCCAGCUCUCGGGCUAUUUGCAUUCGAACGACGAAACACGCCGAGGCUGAAGAGACGCUACCCAACCAUUCCAACUCCGCAUUUAUCCGAACCGUUAUGCAGAGGCGAAAAGAAGGAAUGCAGUCCAACGCCCACCUGAUACCCCAUGAAUCACCCAACUCUUGA